AUUCCCCAAUUCCAGGCACCUAUCCCUAUACAUUACAGAAGUCAUGAGAUCUGGCCCUUCCGGGUGGGGCGGUUUCUUAUGCCUGGCAGUGGGAGCUGGAGGGUGCUUUCCUGGCUGUUCCAAGCUUUUCAGGAGGCUCUUGCAGUGCUUCCAUCUCUGUCCUGGGGCCACCACCUUCUGAGCUGCUGAGAUCUGGUUCCACUAAGGGACAGCACCCUGCUACUUAGCUAAGGUCACCCCUGAUUUGGCAUUAUUCUGUUACAAUGGCAGAAGGAUGUUCCAGACCACCUGGCGGCAAUGAUGAUAUACUGGAAGAGGCUCCCAAGAAAAAGAGCAGGAGAGACCAAAAUCCCGAGGAUAGGGAGCGAGAGACUCUCAAGAACUGUAAAAGGAUGCAAAGCGAACUAAAGACCGUCCUGGAGAAGUCCUCCCAGAAGCUGUCACAAUUCCUCCCUAUACUCAGCCAGCCUGGGGCAAGAGAGGGGAUCCUAUAUCUCAGGAACCGCCUCACAAGCUUGAAGCCCGACAUUCAGACGGACCCCAUUUACAUCGGUCUCUUUGGCAGCACUGGGGCAGGGAAAAGCACAUUGCUGAAUGCCAUCAUAGACAAAAAUUUCUUCUUGCCAGUGUCGGGGAGCAGUGCCUGCACAUCCUGUGUGGUGCAGAUCAACACAAACCGCAGUAAACAGUACGAGGCCAAAAUUCACCUGCUCGCAGAUGAGGAGUGGAAGGAUGAGCUGAAGGGUCUGGUGGCACUUGUGGACCCCAGUGAAGACAGUGAGGACAACAGUGAAAGAAGUGAGGCUGCUUUGAAGAUCUCUGCUAUCUAUGGGAAAGGAGCUGAAACUAAGAGUUAUGAAGAGUUGUGCAGGAUGAAACCCAUCGUUUCCAUUCCCCCUUCAAGAUGUAUCAUCUUCAGGGAAACAACAGCAGAAGAACUUUCGGACAAAAUGUGCCCAUAUAUCCGGAGUCCAACCAGUGCAGUAGGAGAAAUGAAGGAAGAAGACACAAAAAUGCAGAUCUGGCCCCUGAUCAAAAACGUGGAAGUGACUCUCCCAUAUUCACAAGUGAUUCCGGAAGGUGUUGUCUUUGUGGAUAUUCCAGGGACAGGUGAUUUCAACAGCAAAAGGGAUGAGAUGUGGAAAGAGAACAUCAACAAGUGCUCUGUCAUUUGGGUGGUCAACUCCUUCCAGCGGAUCCUGGGAGAAAAAAUCCAUGAGAUGCUGCUGAGAGAGGGCAUGAAGGCUUUCCAGAGUGGGAUGUGCAGGGACAUCUCCUUAGUGGCCACCAAGUCUGAUGACUUGAAUCUAGAGGAAUACAGAUGGGAAAAAAAGAAAAAAAAUAUAAAUAAACAUGAUGCUAUCCUGGAAAGGAACGAGGCUGUGAAACAGGAGAAGAGUAGAAUGAUAAAGAAAAAACUCGAGGAAAAGCUCCCAAAUGACUUGGAUGUGGUGCACAAGGCUGACCUCGUGUACACCGUCAGCGCCCGCGAGUACUGGCAGGAGGAGACGCUCAGCAGGGAGGAAACAGAGAUCCCGAAGCUGAGGGAUUACGUCCGCAGGUUUUACGUCAAGCAGAAGAGGAACGUGCUAAUGGAUCACACCAUGGAGGCCAUCACUAUUUUCUCUCUCAUCAGGAAUCUCCGGGCCAACGAACAUGCUCAGUAUCAGCUUACAAAAAGAAGUCACUUGAGAGAGAUCAUGGUGCAGAAGAUCGCUGAUCUGGAGAAAGAUAUUAAGGAGUGCUUUCUGCCCAUCGAGCAGCCACUCAAGGAAGGUGUAGAAGAAGCAAAGAGGUCCUAUAAGGCAGCUAUCCGAGGAAUCCUCAAUCGCAACCACGGGUACCAAGGCUACCACAGGACCCUGAGGGCCGUGUGCCUGAAGAAGGGGGUCUAUGCCUCCCGCACCUUCUACCGGAUAGACAUCAACAGCUCCUUGGCACAGCCCAUCUACGAAAAGAUCGACAUGAAUUUUGGGAAAGUAUUCAGGAUCCAGAUGGGCACCUGCUCCACACUGAAAACCUGCCUUGAUGCUUUCAAAGAGGCCGUGCAGCAGAAACUACAGGAAGCCCACAUCAAACUGACGACUGACAAUGAGCACAAGCUGGCAUUCCUCAAGCAGGAGACAGACUUCAUUGUCAGUGAGGCUGAGAAACUUGUCCUUCAGAAAAAAGCAGAGAUCUACCAGUCCCUUGUAGCAUCCAUUCAGAAUGACCUGCUACUCUGCUAUGAAGAGGCUGCUGCAGUGAGAGGACAACAAGCCUGCCAGAGGAUGCAAACUAUCCUUAGCAAUGGUAUCAUGAGAGCGGUGGAAAGUGGGAUGUUUGAAAGAGCUGAGAACAGCAUGAGAGAGCACCUGCAGAACAUGAAGGAGCAGAUCACCAAGAAGCUGGAGAAGGACUUCUCCAACAUGCUCAGCCUCGCCUUUUGUCCCUGGGAUCAACUGAAUGGCAAGCUGCCAGACUUGCAGAAUGAAUUCUUGAACAUCAGCUUCAUUCACAAGACCCUGCUGCAAUCAGCCAAAAUGUCUUAGAGAGCUGCAGGAAUUGCCCCUGAUGGUGUGGUCUUAUUACUCGUGGUUGCGGCUUGCUCUCUUUAUCCUGUGACUUCAUAGGAAAUUAUCUCCAAUGUUUUUUGUUUCCUGCAUUUCUGAGAUAUCUUGUAUGCAUUUUAUAAUACUGACAAAGUAAGAGUCGUGGGCAAUUCUUAGUGCCCCUUCCCUGCAUGCCUACAAGCCAAACGUAUCCUGAUUUUACUAGCUGGGCUUAUAUGGGUCUUGAUGCUUCAGAUUUUUCAAAUAAAAUAAAAGUGUUGUAAACAAA